AUGGAUCAGAGGAAGAACUGGCCUCGGGUACCGGACUCCGAUGGCUGGUCGGUGGCUUUGCUCUGUCUGUUCCUGGCAUCACUCUGCCGAAAUGUGUCCAGCAAUGCCUUGUUCAGCACUUUCCACUCUGAGAACCGGGACUGGACAUUCAACCACCUGACUGUCCACCAAGGCACCGGCGCAGUCUACGUUGGGGCUAUCAACAGGGUUUACAAGCUUUCGGGGAACCUGACCAUUUUGGUGGCUCAUAAAACUGGUCCUGAGGAGGACAAUAAAUCCUGCUACCCACCCCUCAUCGUCCAGCCAUGCAGCGAGAUCCUCACCCUCACCAACAACGUCAACAAGCUGCUGAUCAUUGACUACUCGGAGAACCGGCUGCUGGCUUGCGGCAGCCUCUACCAGGGGGUCUGCAAGCUGCUGCGCCUGGAUGACCUCUUCAUCUUGGUGGAGCCCUCGCACAAAAAGGAGCACUACCUCUCCAGCGUCAACAAGACGGGCACGAUGUACGGUGUGAUUGUGCGCUCGGAAGGUGAAGAUGGGAAGCUCUUCAUCGGCACCGCGGUGGAUGGCAAGCAGGAUUAUUUCCCCACCCUCUCCAGCCGCAAGCUUCCCCGGGACCCAGAGUCAUCAGCAAUGUUGGAUUACGAGCUCCACAGUGACUUUGUCUCAUCCCUCAUCAAAAUCCCGUCAGACACCUUGGCCCUUGUUUCGCACUUUGACAUCUUCUACAUCUAUGGUUUUGCCAGCGGUAACUUUGUCUAUUUUUUGACUGUCCAGCCAGAGACCCCCGAGGGGGUCUCCAUCAACUCUGCCAGCGAUCUCUUUUACACAUCUCGCAUCGUCCGUCUCUGCAAAGACGACCCCAAAUUCCACUCCUACGUCUCUCUGCCCUUUGGCUGCGUUAAGGGGGACACGGAGUACCGCCUCCUGCAAGCAGCAUACCUCUCCAAGCCAGGAGAGGUGCUGGCAAAGUCCCUCAACAUCACAGCCCAGGAAGAUGUCCUCUUUGCCAUUUUCUCCAAGGGACAGAAGCAGUACCAUCAGCCACCCGACGACUCUGCGCUCUGCGUCUUCCCCAUUCGCACCGUCAACGCUCAGAUCAAGGACCGCCUGCAAUCCUGCUACCAGGGGGAAGGCAACCUGGAGCUCAACUGGCUGCUGGGGAAGGAUGUCCAGUGCACUAAAGCGCCAGUCCCCAUUGAUGACAAUUUCUGCGGCCUCGACAUCAACCAGCCCCUGGGGGGCUCGACGCCAGUGGACGGGGUGAUGCUCUUCACCUCCAGCCGCGACCGCAUGACUUCUGUGGCUUCCUACGUCUACAACGACUACAGCGUGGUGUUCGUGGGGACCAAGACUGGCAAGGUGAAGAAG